AUGGCGCAGCUCCAGGCGCGCUUCUUCACCGACAACCAGCACUAUGCGAUAGACGAUGUUCCCUUCUCAAUCCCUGCGGCUUCUGAAGUUCUUGACCUCAGUAACAUCAUUAAUAAGGUGCUGGAGGCUAAACAUGACUUCCACAAACAUGUGGAGUUUGAUUUCCUUGUCAAGGGCCAGUUUCUACGAAUGCCCUUGCUCAAACAUAUGGAACUGGAAAACAUCUCAUCGGAAGAGGUUGUGGUUCUAGAAUACGUGGAGAAGUACACUGCCCCUCAGCCAGAGCAAUGCUUAUUCCAUGAUGACUGGAUCAGCUCCAUCAGAGGGACAGAGGAAUGGAUCUUGACUGGUUCUUAUGAUAAGACAUCUCGGAUCUGGUCCUUGGGAGGAAAGUCGGUAAUGACGAUUGUGGGACAUACAGAGGCCGUAAAAGAUGUGGCCUGGGUGAAAAAAGACUACCCGUCUUACCUACUGCUGAGUGCCUCUGUGGACCAGACUAUCCUCUUGUGGGAGUGGGAUGCGGAGAGGAACAAGGUGAAAGCCCUGCACUGCUGCAGAGGCCACGCGGGGAGUGUGGACUCCAUCGCUGUCGACCGCACAGGAACUAAAUUUUGCAGUGGCUCCUGGGAUAAGAUGCUAAAGAUCUGGUCUACAGUCCCUACAGAUGAAGAAGAUGAAAUGGAGGAAUCCACAAAUCGACCAAGAAAGAAACAGAAAACAGAGCAAUUGGGACUAACAAGAACGCCCAUCGUGACCCUGUCUGGUCAUAAAGAAGCAAUUUCCUCGGUUCUGUGGUCAGAUGCUGAAGAAAUCUGCAGUGCAUCCUGGGACCACACAAUUAGAAUAUGGGAUGUUGAGUCUGGCAGUCUUAAGUCAACGUUGACAGGAAAUAAAGUAUUUAACUGUAUCUCCUACUCUUCACUUGGUAAACGUUUAGCAUCUGGAAGCACCGAUAGGCAUGUCAGACUGUGGGAUCCCCGGGCUAAUGAUGGUUCUUUGGUGUCGCUGUCCCUGACCUCUCACACCGGCUGGGUCACGGCAGUGAAGUGGUCUCCUAUCUAUGAGCAUCAGCUGAUUUCAGGUUCUUUAGAUAACAUUGUCAAGCUGUGGGAUAUAAGGAGUUGUAAAGCUCCUCUCUACGAUUUGGCUGCUCAUGAGGACAAAGUUCUAAGUGUGGACUGGACAGUCAUAGGGUUACUUCUGAGUGGAGGAGCAGACAAUAAGUUGUAUUCCUACAGAUAUUCACCUACCUGUUCCCAUGUGGGGGCAUGA